AUGUCCAAAAACCAGGCGAAUUGGCCACAGAAACUACCAAUAAUUCCUUUAGGACUUCGCACAGCUUACAAACCGGACAUUCAAGCAACACCCGCACAACUGGUAUACGGAACUACGAUCAGGUUGCCGGGAGAGUUUUUCCACCAAUCAAAUAAAACACAAUCCCAAACGGAAUAUGCCAAAGAAUUUGAAAAUAUCAGUCCAGCACAAACAGCUCACCAUGACACCUCCAAACCAUUUAUAUUUAAGGAAUUGGAAACCAUGUCACAUGUAUUCCUACGAAAUGAUGCCGUACGCACUUCACUUCAACCUCCAUAUGACGGUCCAAUUGAAGUCAUCGAAAGGAACCGCAAACACUUCACCCUAUCCGUCGCUGGAGGUGCAGUCAAAGUAUCUGUGGACCGCCUCAAGCCCGCCUUCGUAAUAAUGCAACAGCCAAUAGACAAAAUCUCAACGCUGGAACCACCAAAUAAAGGACCAGACCCAGGCUCUUGGAGAGUCACCGGAAACAACCUCACCUUCAAGACUUCGGUGUACAAUUAG